AUGUCAUACUCAGGCAAUCAACCAAAUUGGAAUCGUGAUACAGCACAACAGUCAGGUUCCUCAUCAAUGAAAGGUUCAGAAGAUGUUGGUAUUAGUGGUCAAUCAGGUAGUUUUUAUGAAUCAGGUGGUCAAAGAUAUGGAGGAUCAAGUGAUCAAGGAUAUGGAGGAUCAAGUGGUCAAAGAUAUGGAGGAUCAAGUGAUCAAGGAUAUGGAGGAUCAAGUGGUCAAAGAUAUGAAGGAUCAAGUAAUCAAGGAUAUGGAGGAUCAAGUGGUCAAAGAUAUGGAGGAUCAAGUGAUCAAGGAUAUGGAGGAUCAAGUAAUCAAGGAUAUGGAGGAUUAAGUGGUCAAAGAUAUGAAGGAUCAAGUGAUACUGGUAUUUCAAAUAAAGCUGGUCAAAGUGGAAUGGGUACUAAUCGUGAUAUCGAUUCGGAUAUUGGUGGAUCAUCUCGUCAAGAUGGUAGCUCAGGUGGUUAUGGCGACAGCCGUCAACGUCAAUGA